AUGUUCCCCAUCCCGGCCGCCGCCAUGGAGGAGCAGUUCCGCCAGCAACAGCAGCAGCGUCUCCUGGUGCUCUUCAACGCCUCUUCGUGGCCCCUGGCCAGCCUCUGGCCGCCCACCCACCUCGCCGCCGCCGCCGCGGGCAGCCCCGCCGUGGCCCUGUCUCCCGGCGCCACGGCCAGCGCGGGCGGGGAGGGCUCCGGGCCGGGCGGCGGGGCCGGCGGGGAGGCGGCGGCGGCGGGGGGCGCCGUCAGCCCCUGGGACAUCGCGCUGUGCGCCGCCGGGACGCUGAUGGCCGGCGAGAACGCGCUGGUGCUGGCCGUGCUCUUCUACGCGCCGGGCCUGCGGGCGCCGCCCUUCCUGCUCAUCGGCAGCCUGGCGCUGGCGGACCUGCUGGCCGGGCUGGGGCUGGUGGUCAACUUCGGCGUGCACUACCUGCUGCAGCCGCCCAGCGAGGCGGCCCGGCUGAGCGCGGCCGGGCUGCUGCUGGCCGCCUUCUCGGCCUCGGUCGGCAGCCUGCUGGCCAUCACCGUGGACCGCUACCUGUCGCUCUCCAACGCGCUCACCUACCACUCGGAGCGCACGCGGACCUUCACCGGCGCCGGCCUGCUGCUCCUCUGGCUGGCCUGCCUGGCCGUCGGGCUCCUGCCGCUGCUGGGCUGGAACUGCCUGCGCCGGCCCGGCGCCUGCAGCGUCCUGCGGCCGGUCACCCGGGACAACGCCGCCGUGCUGGCCGUGGCCUUCCUGCUCGUCUUCGGCCUGAUGCUGCAGCUCUACGGGCGGAUCUGCCGCAUCGCCUGCCGGCACGCCCAGCAGAUCGCCGUCCAGCACCAGUUCAUGGCCAGCGCGCAGGCCACCUCCACGCGCAAGGGGCUCUCCACCCUCUCGCUCAUCCUGGGCACCUUCGCCCUCUGCUGGGUGCCCUUCGCCGUCUACUGCCUGGUGGCCGACGCCUCCUACCCGGAGGUCUACACCUACUCCUUGGCCCUGCCGGCCGCCUGCCACUCGCUCCUCAACCCCGUCGUUUACGCCUUCCGCAACCCCGAGAUCCAGAAGUCUCUGUGGCUGGCUUGCUGCGCCUGCAUCCCGGGCGGCUUCGCCUCCCGACCCAGGACGUCCAGCGACGUGUAG